AUAUAUAUCGGAAAGAAAUGUCCAUACUUUUACAUUUUUAACAGCUGACUGACAGAAACAUUACGCAAAGAAGUUUGCUUUUCUAAAAAUGUCAUUGCUUGCUGCUUUUGCGAGAUUGGGAAUUCAGGGCAGUAGAAGCGGCGGAGUCGCCGGUGCUGCUGUUGCACGAUGCCUGCACAUUUCUCCGGUUCUGUGCGCUGAGCCACUGAAGAAAAAGAAGAAACUAGACCCCCAAAUCAUUAAACAGAGGGAGGACCGCAAAAAGAAAAAGAUUGAAAAGCAAAUUCGACGGCUAGAGAAGAAUGCCCGCCAGCUGAAGCCGGUGGAAGAGUUGGAAGUACCACUGGAGCUGAUCGAUGAGAAGGACAAACGACAAAGAAAGCUAACGCCGCUGGGCAACGCUGAGCUGGAGGAGCGCGCUCUUCUGAAGAAGCAGUGGGCACAUUUCAAGCAUGAAGAGCGGGUGGCAGAUUUUCAAAUCAUCGACCGCCUCGUGCAAGCACAGAAUAAGGCCCUGGCCGAGCUACGAAGCGAGUCCGAGGAACUCUACCAGGCAGCCAUAGAAGUGGAUCCUCAGUUACUACCCGUCGCCGUCAAGGGACCAGUGGCAACACCUCCUAUUAAAAAUUAUGAUAGUCCCGAUGGGGACUACGUGCAUCAAUCGAUGAAGUGGGAGGUAAAAUAAGAGAAGCAGAGCUUUAAAUUUGUUCGCUUGCCGUAAGGUCGACGAUUUGAAAUAAACAAACCUUUUUUAAUAAUCAAA